UCAUCCCUACCAACAGAUCAAUUAAAACCGUCCUAUGACUACUAUGUAAAGGUUCGUGCCAUAAAUGAAGCUGGAGCUGGUCCGCUUUCCGAGGCAAUUCACUUCACCACACCAAAUGGAGGACCGGAAAAUCCACCGACGGGCGUAAGUGUCGAUAUAAAUGAGGCGAACAUUGCAGUGGUACGAUGGAACCCACCCAAUUCGACAACAGAGAUUUUGAGUUAUGUCAUCUAUUUUACAAGAGAUCUUGGGCUUUCCAAUGAAGAUUACAGAGAAUGGCAAACAGUGGAAGUUCCAGCGACGCAAACA